AUGGCCGAUGAAGCUCUUCAGCAAGAUCCUGAUGAAUCCUGGAGGAUGGAUCAUUUCCCAGGUCCAAAAUAUGACUCUGUAGUGCCCCGGUGUUUUUAUAAGCCUGCUAUUUGGAAGCCGUACACCCCAGAUAUUUUUAACGACUUGUCUCCUUACUACAACACCUACAUAGUAAAUUACAUGAUAAAUGACCAGGUUGAUUACGUUCCACGUCCGGGGUGGGGAACAAGAGCCACGACUCUUAGGCUUGUAGAUCCUGAUGAAUCCUGGAGGAUGGAUCAUUUCCCAGGUCCAAAAUAUGACUCUGUAGUGCCCCGGUGUUUUUAUAAGCCUGCUAUUUGGAGCAAGAAUGUGUCUGGAAAAGACACCAGUAGGGGAAGCACAAGACUUCCCCCGAUACCAAAAGUAGCUUAUCCAAGAUUCCAGCAAAAACAGUAUCAGCAUUUUAACAUGAACUACUCACAUGUACAGCCAUUCAGAAGCGAAAUAAACCGCCUCAAGGAAACCAAAGCGCAGAAGAGAAUGAAACAAGACCACACUAGGACGCUGAACGACUGGCAGCGAAUGAAUCUGACAGAACUCAAGGUGCUGCCAGAACAGUCUCGGUAUCAAGUCAAGAAAGCCAUCAUGUCUUACCUGGGAACAUCAAAAGGAUCAAACAAAGCGCUUAAACCUCUUCUGAGUGAACUCAACACUGCAGAAUAAACAGCGCAGUCUCGGAAGAGAAAAUUUCCUCUACCGGCUAACAGGAAAAAACUUGCCUUAUAGUUUGUCGGUAGCUAGAAGAAACAUUUCUGUCCUUUUAAUUUGAUGCUUGAUGCAAGAUUCUCCCGAGCUGACGAUUUUGCGAGCAUUACUGAGACCCUGUAUACUGUAUUGCCUGGGAGAAUAUUAUAUCGUCAACACUGAAGAUUUUGGUCAUGCUCUUCUUGGGCGAACUGGUUACCUUUAUAAAAAUGAAAUAUUCAUUUACUAAGUACCGCAACAAAAGCAAUUCAGGGACCUAGAAGUUGGAGAUAGGAGUGCUAAUUAGAAUGUUUCCGUCCGUCUCAGGUCAGGUUAGGAUAUUCUGUGACCUGUUCAAUUUUUUUUUUUAAUUUGUAUGCAACAAAACAGAAUGACCGAAUGCUCUUUAAAGAAAAUAUAUUAUUAAAAAAAGUAAAGCUGCAUGAAGAGCAUCGAGCUGUUGUAAAAAUAGAAUACAAAUAUUUAUAACAAGUGUGGAGAGAACAACCUCGUUCUGAUGAUGUAACUCAUAUAGACAGUGUGUUAAAGCGAGGCUGAAUGAUCGUGUGAGAAAUGUGUGGAAAAUAUAAAUUAAGAAAAACAAAGGUAGUAAUUAAAUAAGUUAGAUUUCAACCAGUGUGUAUUGAUUGUAAUUUGAUACUGAACAUAAAUAAACGCAAAAUUAAUUUCUUAUUCUCUUACAGCAAUGAGACAGUUUCGUUUAAAGAACAAAAGCUUCAUGUGUUUGUCCAAAAAUCUCUGGGAGGGAAAUAAAUAUGCCAUGUGAUCCUAGCCUGCCAUCAGCCGACUCUCUCCCAGACGCUCGCUCUUCACGACCAUUUCGUCUAUGGUUUUUCUGGUCGGGUAUUACAAAGACGCGAGGAUUGGAGGGGGGGGGGAGUUUAAACUUUAGACACCUUCCGUGGGAGGGGUAUGGAUAUUUUAUGGAACAACACAUUCAUCCAAAUGGCAUUGACCUACACUGUACAGGCUUUGUAUGUUCCGUUCACAUGUUGCACGACUUACUCUACGGACGUUCAUUAAGCGGCGUUCAGUAAUUUGUCUGAACAGGCAAUGUUAUGCGUUCAGUAAUUUGUCUGAACAGGUAAUGUUAUGGUCCAAGCUCGGUUUGUGAAAUUCAGUGACAGGAGAAUGUCAUCCAGGCAGCAACCUGACUUUUAAAGUGGCGGUAAAUUGGGUAUGCGGUACAUGUUUUAAUCCAAAAAUUCUAAGGGACACUGACCGCUGGAAUAAAUAAGGAGUGCAUAUUGACAAAAAAAUAUUGGCCAAAAUUUGAUGCUCACUGGAAAUCGAAAAAUUCAUAACUUAAGCCCAGGCCAAACCUUGAACUUCACAUGAGAAGAACUAAUUUGCUAUUUGAGUCGAUCCAAAUGGGUAAAGCUUGACAAUUAAGUCAAGCGUCUGACAAAAAUUCCAUCUGCUUCAGAUGGAUAGAACGUAUUGGUCGACCUAAAUUCAGUUGGAUGAACUCAGUUGAGUCAAGCGUCAAACUUGUCAUGAACUUAAUUUGCUCAGUUUAGUUUGUCUCUUGUGAAGUUCGACGUUUGACCUUGGCCUUAGUGUCCUUCACAGCCAUUAUUUUGGACAUC